AUGGCGUCCAGGCGAUCUGUCAUGCGGCUGGGGAGCCACCGCUCGCUGGCUUCCGUCCAGGCCGGAAGAACCUCCAAUUCGCUGCGGUUGUUCUCUGCGUCCGCGCAAGUGCAGGAUGCGAAGUUCGUAUCAAAGGAGGGAGUUCCAAACCCGCGUGAGGAGCCACGACCUGCCAUCGGACAAUUGCAUCGACCCAUCGUGAACCCGACAGACAAAUACAAAGAAACGUCGGCGAAGCUACAUACCUAUGGCCAAUAUCUCAUCUCUUGCCUGCCAAAAUAUAUCCAGCAGUUCUCGGUGUGGAAGGAUGAGUUGACCAUUUACGUUCCCCCGGCCGGAGUUGUCCCCGUCAUGACGUUCCUUCGCGAUCACACCGCUGCGGAAUACACACAAGUCUCGGAUAUCACCGCCGUCGAUUUCCCCACGCGAGAGUACCGUUUCGAAGUUGUUUACAAUCUCCUCAGUGUGCGCCAUAACUCCAGAAUAAGAGUCAAGACCUACGCAGAUGAAGCCACCCCUGUUCCCAGCAUCACAUCUCUGUACGAUGGAGCCCUUUGGUUCGAGCGAGAAGUGUAUGAUAUGUUUGGCGUGUUCUUUGUUGGUCACCCAGAUCUCCGGAGAAUUAUGACUGACUAUGGCUUUGAUGGCCAUCCGCUGAGGAAGGAUUUCCCUCUUUCUGGAUACACUGAGCUCCGAUAUGAUGAGGAGAAGAAGCGUAUUGUGGUCGAACCGCUAGAGUUGACCCAAGCAUUCCGAAACUUUGAGGGUGGAUCUUCUGCCUGGGAAGGAGUUGGCCAGGGUCUUGACAGGAAACCAGACAAUUUCAAACUUCCAACCCCAAAGCCAGAAGAAAAGGCGGAGGAGCCAAAGAAAUAA